GCUGGGAAAUGUAGUUCCUGUUGGCCGCGUGCGCAGGCGUACUUCCUGGCUUGGGAACCACAUCGCCCGACCGUGCUCUUUAUUUUUCCGUGGAGCAGCUCUGCUUUCUCAGGUCUCUACUGACUUAUAUAAGAUGGUAUCAAGAAGAAGGACCUGACCACUGGCCCCUGACUACCUGUCUUUGGAACCAGUGGCAUUGGAAGAUGUCAGACAUGGCACAUGGAUGUGAUCUUCCAAAACUGUUACAGCCUCAUCUCAUUGGAGGAAAGAGAUAACAUCUUCUACUUAAUCCUGGAUACUAUAUCCAAAGUCAAAGCAUCCACUCCAAAGCAGAGAAUUUCUGAAAAACAAAAUGUCAUCAUAUGAUGUUAGAAUUUUUUUUUCAAAUGAUGGUUCCUAAUACUUCACAUUAGAAGAACUCAAAUUUGAUGACCAGUUUGAGAAACACCAGUAUAACCAGAUUACAAGAAAAAGCAAGUCAAAAGGAAGAUCAUGAAUAUAACAACUUCAAGGAAACAUUUAAUCAAAGACCAAAGCUUUUUAAACCACUGAGAGUUUUUAUAAGAAAACUAGUCCCCACUUAUUCAUGGGGGGAUACAUUUCAAGACCCCCAGAGAAUGCCUGAAAUCUCUGAUGUACCAAACCCUAACCAGGUUCUUAGUAUGAGCUACUAAAUGAUAAAUUGGUGGGUAGUACAUACAGUGUAGAUACACUGGACAAAGAAAUGAUUCACAGCCCAGGCAGGACAGAGCAGAUCGCACAAGAUUUCAUCACAAUACUCAGAAAACCACACCAUUUAAAAGUUAUGAAUUAUUUCUGGAAUUUUCAAUAUAAUAUUUUUGACCACAAUUGCCCAUGGAUAACUGAAACCAUGGAAAGUGGAACUGUGGAUAAGGCAGGACUACUGUAACUAUGACAUCAAUGGUAGGAACCUGAAGCAUAAUUCUGCUAUAGUGAAUUUUUUCAAAAGACACUCAUGAAUGAAAAUUUAUUAGAUAUAAGAAAGGAUGCAUUUGUAUCUCAAACUUAUUCUGGAAAUAAAUGAAAAGCCAACACCUAUUACAUACCCACAAAAAUGAAAAAAUAAAGGCAUAGUUCAGUACUGAUGGAAUCUGAGAAAAUUUAUAUGACAGUGAACCCAUACCUCUGUACUGAAUGUGGGAAAGGCUACACUUGUAUUGCAUCCCUGACCCAGCAUCAGAAAACACACAUUGGAGAGAAACCUUAUGAAUGUAAAAUAUGUGGUAAGUCCUUUACCCGGAACACUAAUCUUAUUCAACAUCAAAGAAUACAUACUGGAGAGAAACCUUAUGAAUGUAAUGAAUGUGGGAAAGCUUUUAGUCAGAGCACUAAUCUUAUUCAGCAUCAAAGAGUCCAUACUGGGGAGAAACCUUAUGAGUGUAAUGAAUGUGAAAAAACCUUUAGUCAUAGGUCGUCCCUUAGAAAUCAUGAGAGAAUCCAUACUGGAGAAAAACCCUAUCCUUGUAAUGAAUGUGGGAAAGCUUUCAGCCAUAUCUCUGCCCUUACUCAACAUCAUAGAAUUCAUACUGGAAAGAAACCAUAUGAAUGUACUGAAUGUGGAAAAACCUUCAGCCGCAGCACACACCUAAUUGAACAUCAGGGAAUUCAUUCUGAGGAAAAAUCCUACCAGUGCAAGGAAUGUCGGAAAGUUUUUUGCCACAGCACAUCACUAAUUCGACAUCAGAGAACCCACACAGGAGCGAAACCAUAUGAAUGUAAUGAAUGUGGGAAAGCUUUCAGCCAUACCCCAGCCUUCAUUCAACAUCAAAGAAUUCAUACUGGAGAAAAACCUUAUGAGUGUACUGCAUGUGGAAAGGCCUUCAAUCGGAGUGCACAUCUUACUGAACACCAGAGAACUCAUACUGGAGAGAAGCCCUAUGUUUGUAAAGAAUGUGGAAAAACCUUCAGUCGAAGUACACACCUUACUGAACAUCUAAAAAUUCAUUCUGGUGUGAAACCCUAUCGAUGUAAUGAAUGUCAGAAACUGUUUUGCUAUAGAACCUCACUAAUUCGACAUCAGAGGACGCAUACAGGAGAGAAACCCUACCAGUGUAAUGAAUGUGGGAAAUCCUUCAGCUUAAGCUCAGCUCUGACUAAACAUAAGCGAAUACAUACAAGGGAGAGACCCUAUCAAUGUAAUAAGUGUGGCCAUGUCUUUUGUCAUAGUACAUCCUUAAUUCGACAUCAGAAAACUCAUUUCAGAAAGGAAACCUUAGCAGAGUAAUGAGUGCGGGAAAGCCUGCAGUCAGUCGUAGGUUAUUGUUUACACCUGAGCACUCACAGUACAAGCAACCCUAGGAUUGUUAUGUGAGGAAAAUCUUCAGGCAAAACACUCAUUUACUUAAUAUGCUCUUUGUACUGAGAAGAAAGACUAUGCUUAUAAUCUAAAAAAGGUGUUAUUGAAAGAGAAAGUUAUAAUGGAAGUGUUCAUCCAAAACUGAGGUUUGUUUUUUAAAGACAUAUUUAGAAAGUUAUUUUAAGAGAUAAUUUAUUAAAAUGUAUAUAUUUGCUUAUAAAAAAAAGCCUUUUGAAUUACACAGAAAUCUUAGUAGGAUAAUGAAAAUUGUUCACUCUAUAUAAUUCCUUUUUUAUUAAGUCCUAUGUUAUAUUUCAGCAUUCAAGAAACACUUUUAUAGAGGGUUUGAAAAUAAAAUGGACAGAUUUCAUUAAUAGCCAUAGACAAAUAAUGUUUUCUCCCACAAAGAUACAAUGUAUUAUUUUCUAAGAUUUAUGUAAUAUUUUUUAAUGGACUAUAUAUAUGGUUACAAAGAAAAUUGCAAUAAAUUCUCAGAGGGAAAUACUCAGGCCCUCCCUAAUUUUUUUUCAGUGCAAUGCAGUAAAAAUAGAAAUGAAAACAACUAAAAGUAGCACCCUAACAUGAUUUAGAAAUUUAAAAUAAGUUUCUAAGUAAUUUGAGUUAAAGAAUAAAUCUGUACAGAAAAAACAUGAUUAUUAGAAGACAAUAAAACUAGAACAAAAAUUAUACAUUGAAUUCAGAAAGGAAAAAGAAUAAUAUAAACCCAAAGAAAAUAAAUGCUUUAAUAAAGAUAAAACCACACCUCAAUGAAAUAGUUACAAAAGGUAGAUUUCAUAAGGCAAUAGACAAACUUCUAGCAAGUAGGAAUGAUGGGAAAAGGACAAAAAAUCCAAGAGUAAGCAAAUGAUUAUAAAUAUAUAUAGAAGGAAACUUAAAUACUCGAAGUCAAUCAUUAAGAAAUCUAGCAGUUUAGUAAAGUCAGUACUAAGGUUUAUUUUAGAACUUCUAGACUAUUUCAAAAAUAGAAAUCUUCAUUAAUAAAGAAAAACCUAUCUUAAUAGAUGCUGUAAAAAUCAUUUAAUAAAAUUCUAUAUACAUUGGUGACUUUUUUUUAAAGUUAGAAAGAAAAUCCCUUAUAUUGUAUAUUGAUGAUGAACAUGUAUUAGUGUGCAUUCUCCAGAGAGAAGAAAGAGAAGGAAUGGAGAGAGGGAGAGAAAGGAAAGGAGGGAAGAGAGAAAGGAAGAA